AUGGAAGGUGCAAUUAAAGUAGAAGCAGGAGGUAUGGACAAGAAAUAUUUCUAUGCCUUCUUCAAGGGACUAGUUAACAUUAAGUACAAGGAUCAAUUUUCAAAGAGUAAAGAUAUUGAGGUUGACGAUACUCUUGAUCUUUAAUUCCUUUACUCUAAUUUAUUCAACAGCUAGGAGACUUCUCUUGAAUAGUUCAAUAAGCUUGUCGAGGGCACAUUAAACAUAAUUGAAACGAUCGUGUAGAACAAUAUGAGCAAAGAUGACUUGGAGGAGUUUUUAACAAAUUAAGUGAAAGCUAGAGAUGAUCAUAAAAGAUAAAUCGCCCAAUAUUGGAAAAAUGAGUAAAACAAGAUAAUAAAGGCUUUAAAUGAACCAUUGAGAAAUCAAACUGGAGGCAUAUCAGAAAUAGAUUGGGAGAUUCAUGUUACUACUGCCAGCAGACAUCAGGGGAACAUCAAUUAAUAAUCAGCAACAGUUGUCAUUUAACCCAAAAGAGGAAAUGUAAGAGACAAGAUAAUGUUUGAGAUGGGUAAAAAAGAUGCUAAGCAAAUACUAGAUAAGCUAUCUUCUCUUGAUGCGCUACUUAACUCUGCAGCUUAACUGUAAUAGUGA